ACAUGGCGGCCUGCGGGCGCUCGGAGUGGUCGUGGAGAGGCGCGUCAGUGUGACAGGACCUCGGCCCGGCGGCGGCAGAAGCCGCUUCAAGGGGAACGUUUGAGGCGGCGGCGGCCGGAGAGGCCGGGCCGGGCGUCCAGGCAGCCCCGGCGGCGGGACGCGACCCGCACCGUGCGGUGCGGGAACCGGGAAUGCGCCGCGGGCCCGCCCCAUGCCGCCGACGGGAUCCGAGCCCCCCAGGAUGAACAAGAAGAAGGGAGACAAGGGCUUCGAGAGCCCAAGGCCUUAUAAAUUAACUCAUCAGGUUGUCUGCAUCAACAACAUAAAUUUCCAGAGGAAAUCGGUUGUGGGAUUUGUGGAACUGACUGUAUUUCCUACAGUUGCAAAUUUGAAUAGAAUCAAGUUGAACAGCAAACAGUGUAGAAUAUACCGUGUAAGGAUCAACGAUUUAGAGGCUGCUUUUAUUUAUAAUGAUCCAACCUUAGAAGUUUGUCACAGUGAAUCAAAACAGAGAAACCUCAAUUACUUUUCCAACGCGUAUGCCGCUGCGGUCAGUGCUGUGGACCCCGACGCGGGCAAUGGAGAGCUCUGCAUCAAGGUUCCGUCUGAGCUGUGGAAGCACGUUGACGAGUUGAAGGUCCUGAAGAUACACAUCAACUUCUCCUUGGAUCAGCCCAAAGGAGGCCUGCACUUCGUGGUGCCCAGUGUGGAGGGCAGCAUGGCAGAGCGCGGCGCCCACGUCUUCUCCUGCGGCUACCAGAACUCCACGAGGUUCUGGUUCCCGUGUGUGGAUUCGUACUCUGAGCUGUGUACAUGGAAGUUGGAGUUCACAGUGGAUGCCGCCAUGGUGGCUGUGUCCAACGGAGACCUAGUGGAGACGGUGUAUACCCAUGACAUGAGGAAGAAGACCUUCCACUACAUGCUCACCAUCCCCACUGCGGCCUCCAACAUCUCCCUGGCCAUAGGCCCCUUCGAGAUUCUUGUGGACCCCUACAUGCACGAGGUCACUCAUUUUUGUUUGCCCCAGCUUCUUCCACUGCUUAAACACACCACGUCUUACCUCCACGAGGUCUUUGAGUUCUAUGAAGAGAUCCUCACAUGCCGGUAUCCGUACUCCUGCUUUAAGACUGUCUUCAUCGAUGAGGCGUACGUCGAGGUGGCUGCGUACGCAUCCAUGAGCAUUUUCAGUACGAACCUUCUGCACAGUGCCAUGAUUAUCGAUGAGACCCCUCUGACGAGGAGGUGCUUGGCUCAGUCCUUGGCCCAGCAGUUUUUUGGAUGCUUCAUCUCCAGAAUGUCUUGGUCUGAUGAAUGGGUGCUGAAGGGGAUUUCAGGCUAUAUUUAUGGACUGUGGAUGAAGAAAACGUUUGGUGUGAAUGAGUACCGCCACUGGAUUAAAGAGGAACUGGAUAAAAUAGUGGCAUAUGAACUGAAAACUGGGGGAGUUUUAUUGCAUCCUAUAUUCGGUGGAGGAAAAGAAAAGGAUAAUCCAGCAUCGCACCUCCACUUCUCCAUAAAGCACCCACAUACGCUCUCCUGGGAAUACUACACUAUGUUUCAGUGUAAGGCCCACCUCGUGAUGCGACUGAUCGAGAACAGAAUCAGCAUGGAGUUCAUGCUCCAGGUUUUCAAUAAACUGCUAAGUCUGGCCAGUACUGCUUCAUCGCAGAAGUUCCAGUCACAUAUGUGGAGUCAGAUGUUGGUUUCCACAUCAGGAUUUUUGAAAUCGAUUUCCAAUGUCUCUGGCAAAGACAUCCAGCCCUUAAUAAAACAAUGGGUGUAUCCUUUUCACGGGCAAAGCCCCUCAUUUCCUGGUGCCUUGCAGAUCGCCAACUCCAUGGUGAGCACGUGGACAGGGCCCCCAGCCAUGAAGUCUCUCUUCACCAGGAUGUUCUGCUGCAAGACCUGCCCCAACAUUGUGAAGACAAACAAUUUCAUGAGCUUCCAGAGUUACUUUCUGCAGAAGACUAUGCCCGUUGCAAUGGCCUUAUUAAGAGAUGUGCAUAACCUUUGUCCCAAAGAAGUCCUCACAUUUAUUCUAGACUUGAUCAAGUACAACGACAACAGGAAGAACAAGUUUUCAGAUAACUAUUAUCGUGCAGAAAUGAUCGACGCCCUGGCCAACUCCGUCACGCCUGCCGUCAGCGUGAAUAACGAAGUGAGGACUUUGGAUAACUUGAAUCCUGACGUGCGGCUCAUUCUGGAAGAAAUCACAAGGUUUUUGAACAUGGAAAAACUUCUUCCGAGCUAUAGACACACCAUCACUGUCAGUUGCUUGAGAGCCAUCCGGGUUCUUCAGAAGAAUGGGCAUGUGCCGAGUGACCCCACUCUCUUUAAAUCAUAUGCUGAAUAUGGCCACUUCGUGGACAUCAGGGUUGCAGCUUUGGAAGCAGUGGUUGAUUAUACCAAAGUGGACAGAAGUUACGAAGAACUGCAGUGGCUGCUGGCCAUGAUUCAGAACGACCCGGUGCCCUACGUGAGGCAUUUGUUUAUGGUAGAUGUUCUUACUCUGCAGAACAUUGUACCUACCAGAUGUUGGGAAUCUACAGUAAUGUGUUUUGAACUAACAUUAGAUUAUUUCUGGCUCAAACCCCGGCUCCUGGGCUCUGGUACCUCACACGACUGGAGGCUACGCUGUGGUGCCGUGGACCUGUAUUUCACACUCUUUGGCCUCAGUAGACCUUCCUGUUUGCCCUUGCCAGAGCUGGGACUGGUUCUCAAUCUGAAGGAGAAAAAAGCUGUCUUGAACCCGACCAUAAUUCCAGAGGCAGGGGCAGGCAGCCAAGAAGCUGCAAGUAACCCGAGCAGUCAUGUACCGCUGGCUGGAUUUCAGAACCCCUUCCCCAGCUCUCAGGAUGAGGAGGAGGUGGAUAUGGACACCGUGCAUGACAGCCAGGCCUUCAUCUCCCACCACCUGAGCAUGCUGGAGAGGCCAUCCACGCCAGGGCUGUCUAAGUGCCGCCCCGCCAGUGCCCGCUCCGCCCUGCUGCCCCCUCGUUCUGCAAGCUGUGAGGGCAUCCCCACCCCAAAGCCCGCCUGGGGCCUGGACCUCGCACGCAAGGGAGCAGGUACCACUCGCGCGCUCAGGAGCUGCCUCUCUUUCCUGGUUCAUUUGUUUAAAUCUGUCCAUGCGAGGUCCACAUGGCAGUUGGCUACCAAGGCCUUUACAUUUGGUACCUUGCUUCACAAGCUUAAUCCUUUUCAUGAUUCUGGUUCACAAACCAAAUUUGACAACAGAAACAAAUUUCCCCAUAAGGUCAGCGUUGAAUCUAAUCUUUGA